AGUCAUAGAUAAUCACCCGAAGUUCUAAGCGAAAGAACAUACGCUAUAGUCAUGGCUUCAAAGAAUGAUUUAGCGAGAACUCUUUGUUCAACCAUAGUACUUAUGAUUGUACAAUGGACAACAAUGGUUUCGUGCCAGACCGUGUCGCCGGAAUGCCCAUCGAUGUGCGGGAACGUAAGCAUCCGGUACCCAUUUGGGGUUGGUGAUGGCUGCUUCUUGAGCUCUGAGUUCAGCAUCACCUGCAACACCACCCACUUCGAUCCUCCAAGGCCGUUCCUCUCCACCUCAACCGUAACGGAAGUCAAGAACAUAUCCCUCGAUGGUGAACUGUGGGUUGAUAUGCCAUUUGGCUCUUAUUGUCCCGAGAAUGCCACUUCCAACUCCACCGAGCUUAAUGUGACUCUAUCCGCCUUUUCAUUCUCCUCGACCCGCAACAAGUUCACAGCGAUUGGUUGCUCCACUCUUGCCCUCAUUACCAACCAAAAUGAAAACAUCAAUAAUAACGGUACUAUUUCAUCGAGCGGGUGUUUCUCUACUUGCAACAGCAUCGAUAGUGUGAUAGAAGGAUCAUGUGAUGGCAUUGGCUGCUGCCAAACCGUGAUACCAAAGAAGCUCAGCAGUUAUAUUAUAGCCGUCACUGACGUCAACAGCACAGCUGUAGAGAGUUUCAGCAAGUGCAGUUAUGCGUUUAUAGUAGAAGAGAAGUCCUUAAAUUUCUCCAAAGCUGAUCUCGCGAACAUGCAGAACCGAACAGCAGUUCCGGCUGUUGUCGAUUGGGCUAUUUGGAACGAAACAUGUGAUGCAGCUAAAAGGAACCCAAGUUCUUAUGCUUGCAAGGCUGCGAACAGCACGUGCUACGAUCCUGAGAACAUCAGUGGGUAUCGGUGUAAUUGCUCCGAUGGGUUUCAAGGAAAUCCGUACCUUCCCGAUGGUUGUGAAGAUAUCGAUGAAUGCAAGGUCCCAGAAAAUAAUCCAUGUUCAAAGGAUUGCCGCAAUAUCCUGGGAAGCUACCGAUGUUCAUGCCCGGUUGGUUUUCAUGGGGAUGGCAGAAGAGAUGGGGAAGGAUGCAGCAUGAAACAAUCCUUCUUAAUUUCGAUAAUAGUGGGCGUUGGUGUAGGCUUCGUCGUUAUGCUCUUCACAAGCGGAUUUCUUUACUUUGGCGGCAAGAAAAGGAAGUUGAUGAGGUUGAAAGAGAAGUACUUCGAGCUAAAUGGUGGAUUAUUACUGCAGCAACAGCUCCAUCAGCGAGAUGGAAGCACGAAUACCAUGAGAAUUUUCACUGCUGAAGAGCUAGAGAAAGCCACUGACAGCUAUGCCGAGAAUCGAAUUGUGGGUCAGGGAGGAUACGGAACCGUCUACAAGGGGACGUUACCGGACAACACGGUUAUAGCCAUUAAGAAGUCCAAAGUGAUGGACCAGAACCAGAUAGAGCAAUUCAUCAAUGAGGUGAUUGUUCUGUCGCAGAUUAAUCACAGGAACGUUGUGAAGCUGCUGGGCUGCUGCCUGGAGACAGAAGUACCGCUAUUAGUAUACAAGUUCAUCAGUAACGGAACUCUGUUCCAUCACAUCCACGACAAAGGUAAUGAUACCAAAAUGCCAUGGGAAACCCGUUUGCGGAUCGCUGCAGAGACUGCAGGAGUGCUCUCAUAUCUCCACUCUGCUGCUUCUGUCCCAAUAAUUCAUCGAGACAUCAAGUCUACAAACAUACUCCUCGAUGAGGACUGUGUCGCUAAAGUGUCAGAUUUUGGGGCUUCAAGAUUGGUUCCACUAGACCAGGCGGAGAUGUCCACAAUGGUCCAAGGAACCUUAGGAUACUUGGACCCUGAAUACUUGCACACGAGCACAUUGACAGAGAAGAGCGAUGUCUACAGCUUUGGGGUGGUGCUUGUCGAGCUCAUGACAGGGCGGAAGGCUCUCUCCUUCGACAAGCCUGAAGAAGAGAGGUGUUUAGCGAUGUAUUUCGUAUCUUCUCUGAAGGAGGAUCGCUUGCUUCAGAUCAUUGAGGAAUCCAUAGCGAGGAAUGAUGGCGAUGAAGAGCAAGUGAAGGAAGUGGCAGUGCUGGCAAAGAGGUGUCUGAGGAUAAAAGGUGAGGAUAGGCCGACCAUGAAGGAAGUGGCGAUGGAACUCGAGGGGAUUAGAGUGAUGGCUAAUCAUCCUUGGGUCGCGAUCGAGUUAGAUACUCAAGAGACACAGAAUUUGCUUGGAGAAGCAACUGAUUCUGUAGCGUAUAGUAAUAUAACCGCAACUUAUGACAGUAUGACCACCCAUGUAAUGCCUCCCCUGGCUGGUGGGAGAUAGUAAGCCAUUUGUCCAUUUUCAGUUUUUUGGGUCUACAUCUUUAAGGUUAUAUGUUCAUUGAGUCACUCAUCGGAUCUGUAUUUCAGGAUCAAGUAAUAAUAACAUGUAUAAAGGGUAUUUUGGACUUUUA